AUGGACCUCACGGCAGCAAGCAACCGAGGAUACCUUGACGAAGCUAUUCUGAAUCUGUCAAAACCUGCAGCUGAUAUGCCUGAGAAUCAUUCCACCAGGGCUAUGUGCUUGAACAAUCUUGGAAAAGCUUACGAGUUUCGGUUCCAAUAUAGUGACUCCAAAUCAGACGAUGAUUUUAACAAUGCUUUGACGAACUUUGAAUUGGCACUCAAGCUAGAUUCGGCAGCUCCUAUGCUGAGAGUGACAGCAGGAUACCGUGGAAUGGUAUUAUCGUGGCCAAAGAAUCCUACAAAAGCUAUUGAAUUUCUGGAGUUGACAACCAACCUACUUCCUACGAUCAGUCCUCGUCUACUGAAUCGCGCCGAUCAACAGGAUAAUAUCGCCACUUUUGCUGGAUUUGCUAGUAUUGGUGCUUCAAUCCUUCUCGAGACUGGUAGGGAUACCUUCGACGCGAUCAAAAUCAUGGAAGCCAGUAGAGGAGUUAUGAGUUCUCUUCAGCUCGAGACACGUAUAGACACAAGCUGUCUUGAGGAUUAUGACAAGGAUUUAGCGGCAGAGUUCAUCGCUCUUCGAGACUUACUCGACUCACCACCCACUGAUCUUCUAGCAACUCCAAAAACUUCUAUUAACCUAGAAAAGAAAAUGGAACGAAGGAUCACAGCCUCCAAACGUUUGAAUGAGAUUCUCCUUGAAAUCCACACAGUCGAACAAUUAAACGACUUGAUCCUCGGAUUAUCAGAACAGAGCCUAAAGUCCCUCGCCGAGACUGGACCAAUCGUCACGGUAAAUGUCUCAUCUAUACGGAGUGACGCUCUCAUCGUCACCAAAAACAGAAUUUGGAAUUGCCGUCUUCCAGAACUUCAUCACACAACAGUUCUCGAACAGGCGCGGACUUAUCUUGACACACUUCGCGAAGAUAGUCCUAUCAGACGCAAAAAGACAAACAGAUUCCUGCACACCAUGCUGAAAUGGCUUUGGGAUUAUGCGGUUGGUCCCAUUCUAUCUGAGCUAGGCAUUGCAAGUAAGAAAGAGGACUGGCCGCGAAUCUGGUGGGUUCCAGUUGGUCUCAUGUCAAUCUUUCCACUCCACGCUGCAGGUGAUCAUUCGGGUAAGACGGACGAAAAUGCACUUGACAGAGUGAUAUUAUCAUAUUCAACAACCAUGAAGUCUCUCAGCCACUCGAGGAAACUAUCUCAAACCUCCACAAACAGUGGCUCUCAAAAAGCUGUCUUCAUCGCAAUGUCCUCUACACCAAACGAGCGAGACCUCGUCUUCGCCGAACCAGAAGUCACCCAACUCCUAUCCCUCAUCCCCGAGACCACCUGCCAGAAAACAACCUUCAAAAGCCCCGCCUACAAAACAGAUGUUCUCCAAGCUCUCACGGAUUGCAAUAUAGCCCACUUCAGCUGCCACGGUAUAAUCGACAACUCCAACCCCUCAAACACUUCUCUCCUCCUCACGGACUGGGAAAGUAAUCCUUUAACAGUCGCAGACAUAAACGUACUCAAACUCUCUAACGCACAACUAGCGUGUCUAUCAGCGUGUCAUGCCUCUAGCAACAGAACGAUAGAUCUGUUAGACGAAGGAAUCCAUCUCACCGGUGCGUUUCAAAUGGCCGGGUUUCCGCGGUCAAUUGGAUCGUUAUGGCAAGUUGAUGAUGAGAGGAGCGGAAUGGUUUCCAAGAUCGUGUGGGAGAAUAUGUUGGGUGUUGAUGGUACUAUUGAUUAUGGGAAAGCCGCUGAGGGAUUGCAUAAAGCGGUUCGUGCUCUGAGAGAAGCGGCGCGGUGGGUUGAGGGGGUCGAGAUGAGGUUUGAUGAUCAGCCCGUUGUGUGGGCGCCCUUUAUAUACAUGGGAGUUUGA